AAAGGGUCCUUGUAGCCAUUGCCGUUAGCUCCGCGACAGCUAGUCAGCCACUGGCCGGUACGAGCAUCAGUAGCCUUCGACAAAAACACGACUGAAAUCACCAGAAAACAUAUUGCACCAGUACAACUAGAUCCGACAAAGAAAAUCUCUUUGAGGACAAAGAGUAUAAAGAUGCCUUCAGCAAUGGUUGGCAACAAUGCUGUCCAGUCCGCCAGUCCAGAAUUGGGAUCUGGGAGUCAUUCUGAGGCCAUGAAGCAGAUUUUGGGUGUGAUUGACAAGAAGGUUCGCAACAUGGAAAAGAAAAAGGCCAAACUGGAUGAUUAUCAGGCCAGGAAGAAUAAAGGAGAAAGACUGAAUCAGGAUCAGCUGGAAGCCUUGUCAAAGUCCCAGGAGGUUAUCAACAACCUUGAGUUUGCGCGAGAAUUGCAGAAGAGCUUCCUGACUUUGGGCCAAGAGGUCCAAAAGGCAGUGAAGAAGUCUGCAAGACGGGAGCAGCUGCAGCGGGAGGAGAUGGAGCAGCGGAGGCUGAAGACUGUUUUGGAGCUGCAGUUUUUGCUUGACCGAUUGGGAGAUGACACUGUCAGGCAGGACAUGAAACGGCCUGAUGCCACUGGUUCCCCUCUGCUUACCGAUGCUGACCUCACAACUCUUGAUGAGUUCUACAAGCUGGUGGGACCUGACAGGAACUAUGAUGUUAGGUUGACUGAACAGUACGAGGAGGCCUCACUACACCUGUGGGAACUGCUAGAGGGCCGGGACAAGGCUGUGGCAGGAACCACAUACAAGGCAUUGAAGGACACUCUGGACAAGGUGCUGCUGAGUGGUUACUUUGACAGAGCGCAAACACAUCAGAAUGGCUUGUGUGAGGAAGAGGAGGAAGAUGAGGAUCAAACUGUGGUGGCUGAAACUAAGGCUGCGGAGCAGCCAUCAGAACCUGAAGGAACAGCUACUGAAAAAUACACAGAGCCCAUUAAGGUGGAAGCCACAGAGUUUGUAAACAGACAGUUCAUUCCAGAAACCACGUACAGCAGUACAAACAAAGACCAAGUGGAGGACUGGACAGUGGAGGCCCAGAUGGUGAAUUCCCUUCAGCAUCAGCCCCCUGCCCCGCUGGCUCCAGAACCAUCCAUCACUGUGAACCAUGCCAAUCAGACCACUGACCCAGUGGUCAGAAAGCAGGCAGUGCAAGACCUCAUGGCCCAGAUGCAAGGGACAUACAACUUUAUGCAGGACUCCAUGUUGGAGUUUGAUGGACAGGCCCUAGACCCGGCCAUUGUGUCUGCCCAGCCCAUGAAGCCUGUGCAGACUGUCGACCUACAGCAGAUGGGCUGUGCUUCAGCCCACGCAGAGUCCAGACAUCCCCAGACAAGCACAGUCUCUGGACCGCAAGAAUCCUCACAAGCCUCGAUGUCUCUGUCCUCUGAGCAGUCCCCUGCCCUGUCCUCCCUGCCCUCUGCCUUCCCACCUGUCGCCAAACCCACCCACGGCGGAGGGAUCAAUGUGAACGCAGCACCAUUCCAGUCCAUGCAAGCGGUAUUUAACCUGAAUGCCCCUGUGCCCCCAGCAAGUGAUGGUCAAGGAGAACCUCUGAAACCACCCAGCCAAUUCCCAAGUGGCUAUGGACAGGGCUUCACUAGCCAAUCAGAGAAUACUGUCGACCAGCCUGACAUUACACAGGAAGCAUUACAGUCAGUUGUCAGCGGGUUCCAGCCCCAGGACCAGGUCAUGCCCUCAGCAGGGGGCCAUGAACAGUCGUCGCCAGGUGCUGGGUUCGGGCGGUCGGGCCAGUCUUUCUACAACAGCAGAGGCAUUCCCAGGGGUGGACCCCGCAAUGCCCGUGGCAUGAUGAAUGGAUACCGGGGCUCCUCCAACGGUUUCAGAGGUGGAUAUGAAGGCUAUCGUCCUCCUUUCGCAAACACUCCUAACAGCGGUUACGGCCAAACCCAAUUUAACACGUCUCGGGACUAUUCCAGUAGCUCCUACCAGCGGGAGGGCUAUCAGCAAGGCUACAAGCGUGGAGCAGCCCAGGGCCCUCGAGGUUGCGGCCGAGGUAAUGCUCAAGCAAUGCGAUCCUAAAGGAUCCUAAGGACCGUCAAGUUGCGCCACGUUGACCAUUCAGGAUUUAUGAAUGUGUUUGCCCCCGUUCACUUUUAUAACAAUUUUUUGUUUCUCAUUGGUGAUCUUAUUUUUUUAACUCCUGGCCUACUUAUCAGAGUCAGCCUGCUUUGGUCUGUCUAGAUACUCUUAAUAUUUUAACACGCAACGCUGAACUUCACGACAUUUAGGAUUAUCAGCAAGUCUGGGUGUUAAAAACAACAAAUAGAUAUUCCUGUAAACUUGAAAGAUUUCAUUAAUUUAUUUUUUGUACAAAAUAAAUGCAAAAAAUACCCUGCCACUGUCAGUCCAGUCCCAUGAGAAUCUUAUUUUCUUUUACUGCCCCAUGCUGUCAGCCACUUUUUUCCUCUUAAUCCUUCUGAUUUUCAUAGAGGCUGUUAAUGUUCUUGUUUUUAUUUUCCACUAUCCCCUUUCGCACCAUCACCUCUUUGUAUGCUGAUGUUAUUGGUUGAGAGACUGUUUCAAUAAAGAUGUGUUGUAUUACCUGC